AAUCGUUAUUGAUUGUCACGUGUCGCAUCGCAAUGCAUCUAAGAAUCAAUGUAUUGGCACACCCCUAGGUACGAUCAUGUUAGAAGAUCUCUUCCAGUCCUCCACCUCAGUCUCCCUGUUGGUGGCCAUCAUGGGCCUGCUGGUCCUCCACCAUUUCUACUCCAGCUUCAACUCCCGAGACAAUAAGAGAGAGCCUCCAGGACCUAAACCUCUACCGCUGCUUGGUAACUUGCUUCAGUUGGAUCUCAAGCGACUCGACAGCUCUCUUGUUGAUCUGUCAAAGAAACAUGGGUCGGUGUUUACAGUGUACCUUGGACCCAAAAAAGUGGUGGUCCUGGCAGGUUACAAGACAGUCAAAGAAGCUCUGGUCAACUACGCAGAAGAGUUUGGAGACAGAGAAAUCCCCCCGAUUUUUUAUGAUACAAGUUUUGGUCACGGAAUUCUGUUUGCAAACGGAGAAUCAUGGAAAGAGAUGAGACGCUUUGCCCUCACCACCCUGAGAGACUUUGGGAUGGGCAAACGAAUGGCUGAACAUAAAAUCUUGGAGGAAUGCCACCAUCUGAUCCAAAUGUUCGAAAAGCAUAAAGGGAAACCAUUUAAUACAACAUGUCCGGUCAAUUACGCAACAUCCAAUAUCAUUUGCAAUAUCGUGUAUGGAAGCAGGUUUGAAUAUGAUGAUCCCCGAUUCACAAACAUGGUGACGCGAGCCAACGAGAACAUUCGUGUUGUGGGCUCUGCAGAAAUCCAGCUUUACAACAUGUUUCCCAGGCUGGUCAGUUGGGUAAAAGGCCGGCACCUGAUAUUAAAUAAUAUUGAGACAACCAACAGAGAUGUCAAAGAUAUAUUCAAGAGUCUGAAAGAGACACUGAACCCUCACAUCUGCAGGGGACUUGUGGACUGUUUUCUGAUACGGAAGCAGAAAGAAGAGUCCUCCACCUCAGUCUCCCUGUUGGUGGCCAUCAUGGGCCUGCUGGUCCUCCACCAUUUCUACUCCAGCUUCAACUCCCGAGACAAUAAGAGAGAGCCUCCAGGACCUAAACCUCUACCGCUGCUUGGUAACUUGCUUCAGUUGGAUCUCAAGCGACUCGACAGCUCUCUUGUUGAUCUAUCCAAAAAAUAUGGACCAGUGUUCACAGUCUACUUUGGAUGGAAGAAGGUGGUGGUCCUGGCAGGAUACAGGACUGUCAAAGAGGCUCUGGUCAACCACGCUGAGGAGUUUGGAGACCGAGAGAUCACUCCUAUAUUCUAUGAUUUCAACAAAGGACAUGGCAUACUAUUUUCCAAUGGUGACUCGUGGAAAGAAAUGAGGCGUUUUGCUCUAACCACACUGAGAGAUUUUGGGAUGGGCAAAAGGAUUAGUGAAGGGAAAAUCAUUGAGGAAUGUCGCUACCUGGUUGAAGAAUUUGAACAACAUGAAGGUAAAGCCUUCAACAACACCCAGGCAGUUAAUUAUGCAGCUGCAAACAUUAUCACAGCCAUCAUGUUUGGAAAGAGGUUUGACUAUAGAGAUCCUGUCUUGCACAUUAUCUUUGACAGAGAACACGAGUCUGUCCGUCUGACUGGAUCAGCAUCCAUCCAGAUAUACAACCUGUUUCCUUGGCUCGGGCCUUGUCUUAAAAACUGGAGGGCUUUGAUGAGGAAUGGGGAGGACUACAGGAAUGACGUAAGACGCUUGAUAGCAGAGCUGAAGGAGACUCUGAACCCUGAGAUGUGCAGAUGCUUUGUUGAUGCAUUCCUGACCCGUAUGAUGAAUCUGGAGGAGUCUGAAAUCAAGGAUUCGUACUAUCAUGACGACAACCUUCACUACAGUGUGAUGAAUCUGCUCACAGCUGGGACUGACACUACAGCAUAUACACUUCAGUGGUGCCUCCUCUUUAUGGCGAAGUACCCACAUUUUCAAGACCGGGUCCAGGAGGAGCUGGACAGGGUGGUUGGAAGCCGUCAGGUUGGAGUAGAGGACAGGAAGAACCUGCCGUACACUGAUGCUGUCAUUCAUGAGUCACAAAGAUUUGCUAACAUUGGCCCGUUGGCUAUUCCUCACAAAACCAGCCGAGACGUCACCUUCCAGGGCUACUUUAUCAAAGAGGGAACUACUGUGUUUCCUUUUCUUACUUCUGUCCUGUAUGAUGAAAGCGAAUGGGAGACCCCACACACUUUCAACCCUUCCCACUUCCUGGAUAAGGAGGGUGAAUUUAUCAGGAGAGACGCCUUCAUGCCCUUUUCUGCAGGUCGCAGGGUGUGUCUGGGAGAGAGUCUGGCCAGAACGGAGCUGUUCCUCUUCUUCACCUCCCUCCUUCAGCGCUUUCGCUUCACUCCUCCACCUGGAGUCACAGAGGAUGAACUGGAUCUGACACCAGCUGUUAGCUUCAUCCUUAACCCUUUACCUCAUGAGCUGUGUGCUGUCAGUCGCCAGUGAGGAAGAGAGCUGGAGCAUGUAAAGCAUGAGAAGUACCAGCCAAUCACAGCAGAGCAGGGUGGGACUAGGUGAAACACUCUCGGGGAAAAAUGUGUGGUUAUAACUGUUUGUUUCACUGGUGUAAAUGUUGUUUUAGUGAGCAAACUGAGCAGCCAGCAGAUGUCCCCAUGUCCCCAUGUUGAACCACCUUGCGUCUUCGAACACAGAUAAUAGUGGUGGUGGUUUAAGUCUUUCCAGUUGAAAUGGGACAACCCUUCAAGACUGAUAUGUCAUCGGUAGUCAUCAGAGCUGUCAUUUACAUAAAAAAAAAAAGUGUCAAGUGUUGCUGGACAUUGUAAACAUGCUGUGUUCUGCUGUGCUGAUUUCUUUUGUAGUACUUGCCAAUCUCAUGUCUUUAUCAUCCUGGGAAAUACAAAUUUGCCUGCCAAACAUUUAGCGCUAGCUAGUGAUCGCACAAUGAUUCAUGGGUGACAGUUUGCAUAUCAGUAAUAUUGUGUGCUGUAAAUGAAAUGUUUUAUUAAUAGAUAGGCCAAAUUAUCUUUGCCAAUAAUAUGUUGAAAUCUUGUUAAGUAUUUUCAGAUAUAUUUAAUUAGAUAUAUACAUUUAAAAAACAAUCAUUUUGCAGACAUCCUGUAAUAACUCUGAAGACUCCCUAGGGGUCACAGCUAUACAAUAUUGGGGGAGACAAUCUGAUACUUCCUGAGUGUUGAGGGUAUCUUGUACCCCCAAAAGUGUAUUGUGAUUACAGCCCUGCUUCAUAUUCCUGCUUCUCCGCCACUAAUGAUUAUUUUCAUAGAUGGAUGUACUUGAUUUUGUAGAUUGUUAUUCGUCAGGGCUAUAAAUCAUGUCAUAUAUUACUAUAAAUAAAUUUACAUCUGCCUCUUCUUAUAGCUGAACUCCAUUUCUAAACCAAACUUUUAUUCUGGUCCCUGUGUCUUUUUUUCUUCUACAUAAA